AUGGCUAGUAAACGAAAGUCUACAACACCGUGCAUGGUACGGGCCUCUGAGCUUGUGGAUCAAGACGAUCAGGAUAUGGACAUUGUAAGUAAUGCCAAUGCACCCAGUCCUGAAAUCAAGAAAGACUGGUCUGGGGACAAGGAAAAGGCAGCUGAGAACAAUGAAGUGGUGGAAAGUAAGCCUCCUGAAAAUCAAUCCAGAAGGCUUCAGGGUGGUUACGAGUGCAAGUAUUGUCCAUACGUAACACAGAACCUUAAUGAAUUUACUGAACAUGUAGAUAUGCAACACCCGAACGUCAUUCUUAAUCCACUUUAUGUUUGUGCUGAAUGUAACUUCACAACAAAAAAAUACGAUUCUCUAUCUGACCACAAUUCAAAGAAUCACCCUGGAGAGAGCAACUUCAAAUUAAAACUCAUGAAGCGCAAUAAUCAGACUAUCUUAGAACAAUCCAUCGAGGGUGGUGGGGAUGUUUCUAGCACCCACGACAACACUGAGACUGACGAUAAUGCGUCAGGCAUAUCAAUACCUAAAAUGCCUAUUAUGAAGCUUGGAAGAAGCCGAUUUGAAGGAAGGAGGUCAUCAAGGAGGAAUGAGGAAUCUUUGCUUGACUAUCAGUUUGGCUUCAGUGCAUCUCUUCCGGAAACAAAUGGGUUUUCUGGGAAUGGUCUAACUCAUGUCAUGCCAUCUGUUCAACUUCCACCCAACAUCCACCUCCUUCCAAAAGUUGCGGUGCCACUGAACAGCAACAAAUAUAACUCUGCUCUUGACACUAAUGUAACCUUGAUCAGCUCAUUUAACAAAUUUCCUUACCCAACGCAAGCAGAGCUGUCGUGGUUGACCGCGGCUUCAAAACAUCCUGAAGAGCAAAUCAGAAUCUGGUUUGCUACCCAGAGAUUAAAGCAUGGUAUAAGCUGGUCCCCAGAAGAGGUAGAGGAGGCCAGAAAGAAAAUGUUCAAUGGGACUAUACAGUCUGUUCCCCACACCUUCACAGUAUUACCAGCCCCCUUAACUACUACGGCUAAAAUUGCACAGCCUAUUAUCCAGACUGCAGUACCGUGUCAAAUCAUUGGUCAGCCUGGUCUAGUCUUAACUCAAUUAACAAAUGCUUCUGCGGUUACAAUUCCUUCACUCCCUGUUAGUAUUGGCACUACUCCAAGUCAAACCCAGAAACGCACCAUGCAGAGCCCCCAAGAAGCACCUGAGCCAAAGCGUCAGAGUACGGGACAGGUUCCAUCUCCAUCUACUCCCAGGUUACACUCUGUGUCCUCACGGCAUGAACGUAAAAAGACCCAUGAACAGAUAUCGCUUUUAAAAGCUAGCUUUGUCAUGAGCCAGUUCCCUGAUGAUGCCGAAGUUUACAGGUUAAUAGAUGCCACUGGCUUGCCCAGAAGUGAAAUUAAGAAAUGGUUUAGUGACCAUAGGUAUAGAAGCCAGAGAGGUCUUGUUAAUAUCACCAGUGAAACCUUAAUCAAAGACCAGCUGUCUGGCCGGACCCGUCGCCCUUACCAUUACAGGGAUUUGGGUCGAAAGGUUGCACUGACAACAGAGGAUCAAAUUCAAUGUCUUGAAAGCAGUUUUGCAAAAAGCCCGUAUCCCACACAAGCGGAAAUUGAUCGCUUGCGAUCAGAGACGAAACUGUCCCGAAGAGACAUAGACUUGUGGUUCUCCGAUAGAAGGAAGACGAAAGAUUCCGUGGAGCAAGAAGUUUUAGAUGCUAUGGGCUCUGAAAAUGAUGGGUUUAUGAAUGGGGCAACAACUCAUUCUGGGGGCUCUUCCCCACAGAUCAAAUCAAGACAGGAGCAGCUUCACCUCUUAAAAAGUACCUUUGCAAGAACCCAGUGGCCAUCUCCACAGGAGUACGACCAAUUAGCAGCACAGACUGGGCUUGUUAGGACAGAAAUUGUAAAAUGGUUUAAGGAUCACCGAUGUGUUCUCCGAACUGGCAGUUUAAGAUGGAUGGAACAAUACCGCAAAAAUUACGAACGCUCUCUAGAAGAGCGGAAAAGGUUCAUCAAAAUGGUGUCUGCCACAAAGGCAGGCAAGGAGAUUCUAGUGGAGUAUUUCCAGGAAUAUGGUCAGCUCCAUGAUGAGGACCUUGAGCUUCUCAUGCUCAAGAGUAAAAUGAAUUCUGAGCAAGUCAAGGCUUAUUUGGGGGAAAUGCAGGAACAAGUGGCUCUAGAUCAGCUGGACAAUGAUCAAGAUGAUAAAUACGAUACAGAGAGCGAACCCAAGGACUGGAACAGGUCCUUACAUGAUGAUGAAGACAUCAUUUCAGAUGGUGGGGACAGCUGGAGCCAUACUGGACAGGAUACCCUAGAUGACACAGCGGACUAUGAGUAUGAAAAUAUUCCCAAUGAGGACUCUAACCAG